AGCAUGUGCACUGGAGUCACACUUGCAGUACAGAGCUCUGAAGAAAUGGCAUGGGAGCAUGUGCCGGUGACGUCACCGGUUGCAGAAACCGUGAAUAUCUCCCAAAUGGUGUCACAAGUGAUACUUUGCAUGUGAUCACUGAUUGGCCAGUUAGUGAUCACAUGAUCGGGACCUCGUACAGAGGUCCCAUCCGACGAUCGGUGUUUCACUGUGUCCGGAGGACACAGUGGGCACCGGAUCGCGGUGCUGCGCGCUCCCAGGGAACGCGCACAAGCAGGGUGCGGGGAGGCCGUUUAUAAACAGCCACCCGACCCUGCACUGCCACGGUCCGGCCGUUUAUAUACAACGGCCGGUCGGGAAGUGGUUAAGCAAUGAUCUUAUAAAACAA